AUAUAGCAUAUUAAACAAAAGCUAACAUCAAAAUCUGAUUCCCAUCACUUAGAGGUCGAGAGAAAUAAAAUAACUCCGGCGACAGAAAUGGCUUCUUCCUCAGGUUAUUUCUUCGUCCUUAGUAUUAUGGCAAUCUUGUCACAAUUUCUCUCUGCCCCAACAUCAGCCUUGACUAACAGAGAAUAUAUUGAUGCCAACUGCCAGCGAGUCAAAAACAAAACCUUUUGUGUCGACACAUUAACCACCUAUCCUCCCACGGUUUCUGCCACCGGCCUGUUACCAUUGGCGGAAGCCGUAAUCAACCUAGCAAUAGCCCAUGCUGAGAAGACAGCUGGUUUUGCGGCCGACACAGCCAAGAACGAGGCAGCACUGAAGACGCAGUUCAACCAGUGCCAUGACGCCUAUGUAGCAAUUGUUGCGUCUCUAAAAAGCGCAUCAUUGGAGCUUAAGGAAACACCAGACACUGCAAACUACGACGUCAUGGUCUCUGGUGAUGACACUAGUCGCGUGAAGGAUAUGAUUGGGAAAAACUUGGAUAAAUCUUCCAAGACGCUCAUGGAUAUGACAUUGCAGAUGGACAAACUUCUUGACCUCGCUGCUGGUGCCACCGAUGCUGUUGAUGACGACGACGAGAACAUACUUCGUCGUACUUAAUGAUGUUUGAACUAAGUCGGGGUUUUCGGUUUGUGGUUUGCUUUUGGUAAAAAAGUUGAAUAGAUUCAAAAGACAUAUAAACAACAUUAUGUCGCUGAUAAUUGAAUCUUAGGAAAAUUCUAUAAUAUAUGUGGAAAUUGUUGGGGUCAAAAAUCUGUUCUAACGA